CGCCGGAGCGCCGCAGUUUUCGCGCGGGGCGGGUGUUGUCGUUGUCGCGUCGCAACUUUCGCGCGACCACGAGAGAGAAGUUGGAGUUACCGCGGGGGGAAGCUUGUCGUGCACGGAGGACCGCGCGAAAAUGCCGCCGAAGAAGCGGGAAAAGGAUCUCGAUGGGCAGAAGGGACCUCGUAUGGACCAGAUCCAGGCUGAUCACGAGCUCUUUCUGCAGGCCUUCGAAAAACCAACACAGAUUUACCGGUUCCUCCGCACAAGAAAUCAAAUUUCACCAAUAUUUCUAUAUCGAAACUUAACGUAUAUGCGGCAACGUAUGUCCAGAAGUCACAAGUCACGACGAGGAUUUAAAGUCGAUACGAUUCUGGAUAAAUUAAUAGCGAAAAAGAAGCAUGAACAGAAUCUCGGUGUUCGCGGAUACAUGACUCUUACGUUUUUAGGAUUUUAUGACAAAAAAGCUGAAAUAUCGCAGGAUCCUGUCAAAGUGGAAACAUUGUUGUUGAAAAUUUGUCACAAGAAAAGAAAAGAUGUUAGCUCACCUGUCAUGCAAGUUUCAGUCGGUACAAGCGAGGUCCCAAUCAAUCCUUCUGAGAGUCAACCUCCACCGAAGGCAUCCACAAUUUCCAUACCCAAUGAAUCUUUCUGCUUAAAUAAUGGUCACAUAGCAAAGACUUAUAUGCUUUUGCUCAGGGUUUACUGCAUGUCUAACAAUGGCUGCCUUAUAACUAACUGUGAUUUAGAAGAACCAGCUCAAAAGCGUCGUAAAUCGUCAACGGGUAUGAUAAAGGUCAAUGGCGAAGAAGUGAAACAAUAUGGUUCGGAGCUUACCGUGUACGAUAAGCACAAUCGAUGCCUGUUGACGGACGGCGAGUAUGAGUUAGGUUUGCAGGAAGUACAGACCAAUGUUAGGUCCAGUCCCAAGAAACACAGCUCUUGGGAAACUGUGGUCGACAUCAAAGACUGCGAACCGUUCGACAUGUUUAGGCAAGGACCGACGUUAAAGUUUCGGCUCAGUUGGACGACGGAACCGAGCAACGGUCUGGUGGAUAGACCGAUGCCGAUACCUCAAAUACCGAGCGGUGACAAUAAAGAGAAUCGGUCGGCCAACGCUGGUUUUGAACGUUCCUCUUCCAUAAAUCACAAUAACAAUAGCACAAAUAAUAAUAAUAAUAAUAAUAACGCGACACUGCCAACGCCUAGUCCGCUAACGCCCUCGUCGAGAAUGAGCAUCUCCAACGAGAAGGUGGACACUAAUGCUAACGGAACUCAGCAGAUAGUCUAUCAAUUUUUGUACAACAAUAACAGCCGACAGCAAACGGAGGCCUGCGAAGACCUACACUGCCCCUGGUGCUCGUUGGAUUGCGGCAAAUUGUACUCGCUUCUAAAGCACUUGAAAUUGUGUCAUUCACGAUUCACAUUCACAUACGUGCCAAUUCCACAAGGUGCCCGAAUUGAUGUAGCAAUAAACGAAUGCUAUGAUGGUUCGUAUGCAGGUAGUCCUCAUGAAUUAAUUUCACAACCGUCUAGUAUACCUUUUUCAAGGACAGGACCAACCAGACGUACGAGCGUGACGAAUAUCCUGGUGUGCCGUCCGAAGAGAACGAAACCAAGUCUGUCCGAGUUUCUGGAACUUGACGAAAAUGAGUUUGAAAGUCAAAGACCUUAUAUCACCGGCCACAAUAGACUGUAUCAUCAUACUGUGACCUGCCUGCCUAUAUAUCCCAAAGAGAUGGAUAUCGAUUCCGAGGGUGAGAAUGAUCCUAAGUGGCUGCAAACAAAGACAAUGAUGAUGAUCGAUGACUUUACGGAUGUGAACGAGGGCGAGAAAGAGUUAAUGAAGAUGUGGAACCUGCAUGUAAUGAAGCAUGGAUAUGUGGGAGACUGCCAGAUACCACUAGCUUGCCAAAUGUUCUUAGAGAAUAAGGGGAAGGAGUUGCUCAUGAAGAACCUCUAUCGCAACUUCGUAUUGCAUAUGUGCAGUCUGUUUGAUUUUGGGCUGAUCAGUCCGGUGAUAUUAUAUCAGACUAUACAGAAGUUGCAAGAAAUUAUGAAGGAGGGCGGUGAAGAUGGAGACGUACGUAAAGUGCUGCAAAAAUCACACGAAGCUCAAGUGGAGCAUUGGAAGGCUACGAGUGCACAUACACAAUUGGUACAUGAUGGGUCCAAAGCUGCCGGUAUAACGAGUGGUGUUAAGCUCAACUUCGGCAAUGAUAGUUCCUCGAGUACUUCGUCGAACGCCAGGCGAAAAACGACAACCGCCUCCAUGCCGUUGGGCUCGCCCAACUCGCAAAAUGUCAAGAACACAAUGCAUAACAAUAUGCAUAACGUCAGUACGUAAACGCUGAAUUCGUUAUCAUUGUCGAGGAGCAAGACUGUCAUUCACAAUAGUUCGAUGCAGAAU